AAUCAGUUUCGCAUCACCGCUGGAUGAGUGCGGCUGGUUUUGUUUAGUGUUCGCCCGUUGUUCUUUGGUGUCAAUUUAUUAUUUAUUGUUGUAAAUAUAUUUAUAACAACAAUCAAAAUAAACAAGUUUGGAAAAUUCCACUUUCAAUUAUAUACUGCCAUCCAACGACCGUUGUGCCACAGUAUUGAUACGAAAGUGAAAUGGGCGCGUUGCGUAUUCUCGUCGUAGUCCUAGCGAUUAUCGCAGGCAUGUCUUACCAUAAAUAUCUGGAGCUCACAAGAUCAGCGCCGAUUCCUGAGCUGAACGAUUCUGAGUACUGGGGACCCGGCAGCGCCGCCAAAUACAAGGAGAACGCUGCUAUUAAAGCUUAUGACAUAAGCGUUAAACCGCAGUUAAUUGAAGAUCUGAAGAGACAGCUGUCGCGCCCACUGGUGCUGCACGAACCACUCGAGGGUAUCGGAUUUCAGUACGGUUUCAAUUCCAAGUACCUGGAAAAGGUAGUGGCUUAUUGGCGCGACACUUACCUGCCCAAGUGGGGAGAACGAGAGGCAUUCCUCAAACAAUUCCCGCACUAUGAAACCCAGAUUCAGGGUUUACACGUACACUUCAUCCAUGUAAAGCCCAAGUCCACCGAAGGUAAGAAAGUGCUGCCUUUGUUGCUGAUCCAUGGUUGGCCGGGAUCAGUGCGCGAGUUCUAUAAGCUAAUACCGCUGCUGACAAAGCCGAAUCCCAAGAGUGAAUAUGUCUUCGAAGUGAUCGCACCCAGCUUACCCGGUUAUGGUUGGUCUCAGGGCGCCUCAAAGGUCAACUUUGGCCCCGCACAGAUGUCAUUGGUGCUGCGUAAUUUGAUGCUUCGUUUGGGCCAUGAGAAAUUCUUGGUACAGGGCGGUGAUUGGGGCUCUUUGCUCGGUGCAAACAUAGCGGUUUUGUCGCCACAGAAUGUGCUCGGUUAUCAUUCCAAUUUUUGCAGCACCAAUCAUCCAAUGGUGCACCUGUAUAAGUUUUUGCGAAUUUGGUUCCCGAGCUUCGUUGUUAAUGAGGAGCAUAAACCUUUCUUCAAACCAUUCGGCGAAGAGUUGAGUUAUCUUUUGGAGGAAAGCGGCUAUGCCCAUAUUCAAGGAAGCAAACCAGACACGAUUGGCACAACCCUCUCACAGAACCCUGUCGGUUUGGCCGCAUACAUACUGGAGAAGUUUUCCACUUGGACCAAUCCUGCUUACAGGAAACUAGAGGAUGGUGGUCUCACCAAACGGUUCACUUUGGACGAGCUCUUGGAUAAUGUCAUGAUUUAUUAUAUCACAAAUUCGAUAACUACAUCACAGCGCUUAUACUCGGAGGCGUUCAGCUUUGCUCAAAUGGGUUUGAAUUUGGAUGCGACACAUAUUACGGUGCCCACCGGUUGCGCUCGUUUCAUACACGACUUGAUGCAUUUAACGGAUUUGGAACUUAGUUUGAGAUUUAAAAAUCUCGUGCAAAGCACCUAUCACAAAGACGGUGGUCAUUUUGCCGCAAUGGAGGUGCCCCAAACUCUUUACAUCGAUUUUGUGGAAUUCGUCGAGAAAGUGUUCACCAAACCACAGCCAAAGCUAUAAUCAUUUCGUGAUUCUUGAACAAAUUUUUGUAUAAAUUUUGUAUUUUGAAUGAUUUUCGAAUAAUAUUUUACUAGAAAAUAAAUUACCUAAAUCACGUUGGUUA